AUGGUCGCUCCGUGGAAGCGGGAAGAAGGUGGAAGCAGGAAGAAGUCAUCGAUCGAACGAAAGAAGCUGUGGCUGUGGAGCUACCUUUAUCUUCGCGUCGUUUGCGUCAUGGUGGAUGGAAGCAAUUGUCGCUCCGUCAUCAUGGUCAGCAGUCAUCGGCCGCGAGAACGGAAGAAGUCAACAUGUUGCCUCUCCUCACCGAAUUUCAAACUAACCGACUGGCUUAUGAUCGAUCUUUCGCAAGAUUCAAAAUCGUGA